CAAAGAGCUGGAGUUCGGAGUUGCAUGCAGAAAAACCGGGGUCCACAGGGCUGCCCCUCUCCACGGGGAGCCUCCCCUCCCCCGGCCUCUUUCGGCUGCUCUCCUCUGAGCGCUUCGCGACUGGAGCACGAUGGGGAGACGUCCAGCGCGGUGCUACCGCCAGAUCAAGGGCAAGCCGUACCCCAAGUCACGGUUCUGCCGUGGCGUGCCGGACUCCAAGAUCCGCAUCUAUGAUGUCGGCGCCAAGAAGGCCGCCGUGGACUUCUUCCCCCACUGUGUUCACCUGGUCAGCUGGGAGAAGGAGAACAUCUCCUCAGAGGCACUGGAGGCUGCGCGCAUCGCUGCCAACAAGUACAUGACAAAGAAUGCCGGCAAGGACGCCUUCCACCUGCGCGUUCGCGUGCACCCCUUCCAUGUGCUGCGCAUCAACAAGAUGCUUUCGUGCGCGGGCGCGGAUAGGCUGCAGACAGGCAUGCGGGGCGCGUUUGGCAAGCCAUUUGGCGUGUGCGCGCGUGUGUGCAUCGGCCAGAUCUUGCUGUCCAUUCGCUGCAAGGAUGCGCACACGGCUGUUGCUGAGGAGGCCCUGCGGCGCGCCAAGUUCAAGUUCCCAGGCCGGCAGAAGAUUGUCGUGAGCAGGAACUGGGGGUUCACCCCGUAUCUUCGGGACGACUACCUGGAGUGGAAGAGGGAGGGGCGGCUUGUCAACGAUGGCGUGAAUGCCAAGGCAAGUGGGGAUCGCAGUAACGUAUACCGGUGUGUUCCAUCACUUGAGCCUCGUUGCCGCCGGAAUCCCCAUGUGCUGCAGCUGCUUGGCAACCAUGGUCCUCUGGAUGCCCGAGACCCGGGCCAGAUUUUCGAGGGGCCCGCCCGUCUGUGGCGCGUGCCCGUGCAUGCCUGAUGUGAUUUGCGGCUCUGCUGUUCCUCUGUACCGCAAUCCUGAUUUUCUGAAUUGAGGAUAGAGGUUACAUGCUAUGCACCUGCUGUAACUGGAAGGGG